UAACUGACAAAUUACGUGAUUUUACAAUGAGUAUAAAUUGGCAGACAUUUCCGAAAUUGUUUAUAGUUUUACCUGUGCUACACUAUGCGCUAUCGUGUUAUACGCAAACUGAAUCCGAAGAACACAAACGCAGAAGGGACGUGAAAAUUGCCAAUACGAAGGAUGUAAAUAUUGCCCGACUAAUGGCUAAAUUAGCCCAGGAAUAGUAUGAAUGAUGGAGCAUCCUGUAUGAAAGAAUCGAAAAAUGUUUUUUUUUUUAAUGUUUAUGUUCUGUGGCAAAUUAUCCCUGGCUAAAGACUUAUUGACGACGACAGCAACAACGAACACCAAACGAAAAGUAGCAUAGCAGAAACGGAAGUAAAAGUCAAGGUGCAAAACAAAAUCAUUACACCUGUUCUUCGUCCACGAAGCGAGUGGCUAUUGGAGUGAGUGUAGAAAGCGUAGUAAUCGAACGCCACACAAGGACGAUGCAGAAUGGGGCAGCGGCACGAAUCGCUACAACAACAUUUAGCGGUCGCUGUAUUUUUAGUUAAAUUCGGAUGCAUUGCCACUGGCAAAAAGGGGUAAGAAGCGCGUGCAGUCGAUGCAUUUGCUUUUACGCAGCUUGGGUUAAAUUUUUGGGCUUUGGUCACGCUGCACUUGUCACGCUGCUCUGUUGCAUGUUGCAGGCGACACAAAUGUGAGCAAUUCGCUAUCAAAAUUAAUAAAAAUAAAUACGCUCCGCUCUGCUCCGUUGCGCAGCCGUUAAUGAGCAGACAGCCAAAAAUAAAUGAUAUGGAUCUGCAACAGGUCGCAGUUGCAGCUGCAGCGAACUACAGGUACGGUUAUAGUUAAGUCAAGGAUUUGCACGACAUUGCAUUUAAAUUGUUGCAUUUAAUAUCACAUUUCGAGCUCAUGGAAUACAUUUUGUGA